GAAACCUGCCCAAACCGGAAGUUGACAGUUAGCAUACCGUAGCUACGUUUCCCCAGUGAGUGAGUGAGUGUGUGUGAGUGUGUGUGUUCAGGUGUGAAGAUGUUGCCUUUAUCUAUUAAAGACGACGAGUACAAACCCGCCAAGUUCAACCUGCUGGUGAAGCUCUCGGGAUGGUUCAGGUCGAUCCUGGCGGAUAAAACCUCCAGGAACCUGUUCUCCUUCCUCUGCCUCAAUCUGUCCUUCGCCUUCGUGGAGCUCAUGUACGGCAUCUGGAGCAACAGUUUAGGUCUCAUCUCAGACUCCUUCCACAUGUUCUUUGACUGCACCGCCCUGCUGGCAGGUCUGGCAGCCUCCGUCAUCUCCAGGUGGAGAUCCAACGACAGCUUCUCCUACGGUUAUGUGAGAGCGGAGGUGCUGGCAGGCUUCGUCAACGGACUCUUCCUCAUCUUCACAGCCUUCUUCAUCUUCUCUGAAGGAGUCGAGAGAGCCUUGGAGCCUCCUGAUGUUCACCAUGAGCGGCUGCUUCCCGUCUCUGUGGCCGGUCUGCUGGUGAACCUGGUCGGGAUCUUUGUAUUCCAUCACGGAGGACACGGACACUCACAUGGAGAGGAAGGCCAUGGUCACAGUCACUCUCUGUUUAACGGCAGUCUGAAUCACGGCCACAGUCACGGAGGUCACGACCACCAGAGCAAACACACAGACAGGCAUGGACACGGAGGACACGGACACAGUCAUGACAGUCAUGACAGUCAUGGACACAGUCAUGACAGUCAUGGACACAGUCAUGGUGGACACGGCCACAGCCAUGAGGAGCCACACUGUCACGAUGAGCUGCACACGCCGGGGAAAGGCUCCAGUAAACAGAUCCUGCAGGGUGUCCUCCUGCACAUCAUCGCUGACACUCUGGGCAGCAUCGGCGUGAUCAUCUCCGCUCUGCUGAUGCAGAAAUACGACCUGAUGAUCGCUGAUCCCAUCUGCUCCAUGCUGAUCGCCAUCCUCAUCGGAGUCAGCGUGGUGCCUUUACUGAGGGAGUCCAUCGGGAUCCUGAUGCAGAGGACUCCUCCUUCACUGGACAAUGCCCUGCCAGAGUGUUACCAGAGGGUGCAGCAGCUACAGGGAGUGUACAACCUGCAGGAGCCUCACUUCUGGACCCUGUGUACUGACGUUUACAUCGGGACAUUAAAGCUGCUGGUCGCCCCCGACGCCGACACCCGCUGGAUCCUCAGCCAGACUCACCACAUCUUCACACAGGCGGGGGUUCGACAGCUCUACGUUCAGAUCGACACGGCGGCCAUGUAGAUGAUCCUCCUCUCGACACCUGGGACCAAUCGCAUUCAGUCUGCUGCUGCUGGUGACCCCUGACCCCCCCCCCGGAGAGUCACUGCAGACAGACUGAAGGGGGGGGGCAAUGAGAACUGUGACCUGAUGAACUCAAAGAGCCCCUCCCCCACCUGUUUUUAUUUUAAUGUACCCUUUUAAGUGGGCUGCGUGACCCCCCCCCACCCCCACUCUCUCUCCUGGAGCAGAAUAUUCUUGCUAAGUGCCUUCAUCGUGACUCAGAGACAAACUGAGCCCCCCGCCCCGCCCCCUCUGUGGCAUCACUGCUGGGACCAAACCGCUGCCAGCUGAUUGGUCUGUGGUGAGUGUGUGUGUGUGAUGUCACUGCCUGUUUUUAACGUGCCAAACCAUGUGACCAGUCGGAAGGUUUCAGUCUUUUCAACUGUAAUAAAUAAAUCGGUUUUUCUGAGCUGAUUAUUAAUGAU